AUUUGACAUCAUGAGACUUUUGGAGAUGUGUUAGAUCCUUCUAUUGCUGAGAUUAGAUAAGUUUAUCAAAGUUGGUCUUUGCACAAAUGGCUGAUAUUGUGUACAACGUUCUCCUGGUUCUGCUCACUUGAAGACUCUUAAGACUGAAAGCUGUCACAUAAGCAAUGGGAAGUGACAACCUAGUUUUGGAUAUUCCACCUAAUGCACCUUUCAAAUAGUGGUAUGAUGCAUUAUCAAGAGAAGCAUCACAGAAUCAAAAUGAGUGGAAAAGGAGGACCAAAGCUUUCAUAUCAGUAUGUCUUCUGUUGUUUGUAGGGGGAAAUUUUUGUAUUUUUAAUUAGAAAAAAAUACAAUGGCCUGCUCAUGGUGUACACAUUGUAUCGAAUUGCAAAUAAAGGUGGGCCUGCUGAGGGGAGAGAUGACAGCAUUAAGAAGCAAAGGUAAGUUUUUCAGUGACUCCACAUGUCCUCUGAGAGAGGAAAAUCUUAGAUUGAACCUGGAAUUCCUGGCCAAAUUAAAGUCAGACAGAGUAACUAAUCAAAUUCGUAACGCAGGUGCCAUAGUUGCUUUUCCAUUUAAGUCAGUUAACUACAGCUUUUCAAAACCACUACAAGGUAAAGGAGGAAAACAUAUUGAAGUAUAUUGGCGUUGGCUUCUGAUUUCCCCCCACUCUCUUCCCUGCCUUUUUGGGUUUUUUUGGUCCCUUCGGUUUCCCCCUUUUUAGAGUGGUCCCUGGGAUGGUUGAUCUGGCAGCCCAGGAGAGCUCGGUUUGCUUUUCCUAGCAGAGGCUGGUGGGUGGAGCAUAGAGCCGGUAGCCCAAAAUACAAGUUUCUAAGUGAGUUAGGAGACGGGGACAGAGGGAGUGAGAGCCCAGGGGAGGCAAAACAGCAAGGGAAAACUCUUCUCUCCAAGGGAACAGCCUCGGCAGAGGGAAAGCUGUGGUGGGCGACCAGAAACGGAGCCAGGCAAAUAGAUACAGUUAACCAAAAGGCCAGGAAGAAGGACUGCGACAUCGAAGCCACUGGAUUCAUCAAUCUGUUGGUCUCUCCAAGUUUCCAGUUAAUGAGUUAGAAGACCACAGCACAGCUGAGGAGGAGGGUGCUCUGUAGCCUCAAAACUUGCCCAGACGAUGUUCUGCACCAAGCUGAAAGACCUUAAGAUUACUGGAGAGUGCCCUUUCUCUUUACUGACUCAACGCCAUGUCUCAGAAGAACAUGAAGAGGAAUGUGCAGAGCGACCUGAUAGUUCUAAGGCAGCUCUGCCCGUGUGCCAGGAAGUUACUGAAAAACAUGUAGGUACAAAUCUUCCUCAAAGAAAGACCAGCCGAAACCGAGUGUAUCUGCACACUUUAGCUGAGAGCAUUUGCAAACUGAUCUUUCCUGAGUAUGAAAGACUGCAUCUUGCACUUCAGAGAACAUUGGCAAAGCAUAAAAUACAAGAGAAGAGGAAAUCUUUGGAAAAAGAGGAUUUUGAAAAAUUCAUUAUAGAUCAAGCAAAUGCAGCAGGUGUUCCAGGGGAUAUUAUCAAAGAAUCUCUAGGUGAAGAACUCUUCAAAAUAUGCUAUGAGGAAGAUGAGCAUAUCCUAGGCGCGGUUGGAGGAACCCUCAAAGAUUUCUUGAACAGUUUCAGCACCCUUCUGAAGCAGAGUAGCCAUUGCCAUGGAGCCGAAAAGAAGGGCCGACUUGAGGAGGUGUCCAUACUCUGCUUGGAGAAAGACCCCAAUGUCUUAAAUGUUUACUAUUUUUUCCCUAAGAAGACAACUACCCUCAUUCUUCCAGGCAUCAUUAAGGCUGCUGCUCAUGUACUAUAUGAAACCGAAGUGGAUGUGACCCUGGUUCCUCCCUGCUUCCGUAAUGACUGUAAUGAGUUUGUAAAUCAGCCCUACUUGUUGUACUCUGUUCAGGUGAAAAGCACAAAACCUUCCCUAUCUCCUUGCAAACCUCAGUCUUCUUUGGUGAUUCCAGCCUCUCUCUUCUGUAAGACCUUUCCUUUUCAUUUCAUGUUUGACAAAGACAUGGCCAUUCUACAGUUUGGCAAUGGCAUCCGGAGGCUGCUGAACAGAAGGGACUUUCAAGGAAAACCUAACUUUGAAGAAUAUUUUGAAAUCCUCACCCCCAAAAUCAACUACACAUUUAGUGGGAUCAUGACCAUGUUGAACAUGCAAUUUGUCGUAAGAGUGAGAAGAGGGGACAACUCUAUCAAGAAAUCUUCAGGGGUCAUGGAUCUGAAAGGUCAAAUGAUCUACAUCAUUGAAUCUAGUGCCAUCUUGUUCUUGGGGUCACCCUGUGUGGAUCGGUUAGAGGAUUUUACAGGCCGUGGGCUCUACCUCUCAGAUAUUCCAAUCCAUAAUGCCCUGAGGGAUGUGGUCCUGAUAGGUGAACAAGCUAGAGCCCAAGAUGGGCUGAAGAAGAGAUUAGGAAAACUCAAAGCCACCUUGGAGCAAGCACACCAAGCCCUUGAGGAGGAGAAGAAGAAGACAGUCGAUCUCUUGUGUUCCAUCUUUCCAGGCGAGGUUGCUCAGCAGCUGUGGCAGGGACAGGCUGUACAAGCCAAGAAAUUCACUCAUGUCACCAUGCUUUUCUCUGACAUUGUGGGAUUCACAGCCAUCUGUUCCCAGUGCUCGCCAAUGCAGGUCAUUACCAUGCUCAAUGAACUCUACACUCGCUUUGACUACCAGUGUGGGGAGCUGGAUGUCUAUAAGGUGGAGACAAUCGGAGAUGCAUACUGUGUAGCCGGAGGCUUACACAAAGAAAGUGAGACACAUGCUGUUCAAAUUGCCCUCAUGGCCUUGAAGAUGAUGGAGCUGUCAGAUGAAGUGAUGUCUCCACAUGGAGAACCCAUCAAGAUGCGUAUUGGCUUGCAUUCUGGAUCUGUCUUUGCUGGAGUAGUUGGAGUUAAAAUGCCCCGUUACUGUCUCUUUGGAAACAAUGUCACUCUGGCAAACAAAUUUGAGUCCUGCAGCGUUCCUCGAAAAAUCAAUGUCAGUCCAACAACUUACAGACUACUGAAAGGAUGCCCUGGGUUCGUGUUUACUCCUCGUUCAAGAGAAGAACUGCCUCCCAACUUCCCCAAGGAAAUUCCUGGAAUUUGUCAUUUCUUAGAUGCUUACAUACAAGGAGCAAAUCCAAAGGCAUGCUCCAAAAGAGAUAUUGAAGACGGCAAUGCUAACUUUCUGGGCAAAGCAUCAGGCAUUGAUUAAGUUGUAUCUUCACCAGUUUUAUCAAUAUUUGGGGGUUUGAAUCCAGUGAGGAUAUAUGAAGCCUUGGAAAGCACUUUAGGAUUGCAGAUGCCUGAAAGCCAGUAUUACUAAUUCAGGAGCAAGGUCCCCUAAGACUUGUUAUUUCUCUUUUAAAUGACAGACUGCAUUUACUGAAAUAAUAUUUCAACUCCUCUAUUUUAAUGUUAUGCCCCUUGAGGUAUCUUUUCUUUUCUGUGACAAAUGAUGUUAUAUAAGUCACUUCAAAUCAACCUGUACUAAGAAUUCUAGACCCACUGUACAUAACAUCAGAAAAGUUGAAUGUAUCAUACCAAGAGACAGAGUUGCCUGCAGUACUGCUCCUUGCUUGAGUGCCAGCUGUACUUAAAAUGCAGGAGUCACAGUGUUGCUAAGAACAAAGUCACAAGAAGUUGUUGUUCCUAUUAUAAAUUUUUAAAACUCACUGCAUGUUGUUAUCUAGCCUCUGACACUCAUAAGCUGUGUAACUCUGGGCAAAUC